AUGAGACUCAAACUAAAAUCUAGUCAAGGCAUAAAAACAAUCAAUGUUGACAAGGACCAUUUGUUCAAGGAUUUUCUAUCUGAGUUGCAGCUAAACAAAGAACUUCAUGAAGAUGUAUCCGAAGUUGUCUCGUCUAUAAAAACUGGGUUUCCGCCGAAACCGCUCCAACUAAGCUUUGGCGUCAAGGAAACCAUAUUUGAUAAGGGUAUAAAGGAUGGUGAUCAGUUACUUAUAUCAUUUGCUAGUUUAAAACGAAAGUCAACUCCAGACAUCCUGGAGGAUAUUCAGAAUGCAGAUAUGACUCUGCAGUACUAUCAAUUGCAGCAACAACAACAACAACAACAACAACAACAACAGCAGCAGCAGCAGCAGCAGCAAAUAACAUCAUCUGCACUGACUCCAUCAGAAUCAACAUCAACAUCUUCGCUAAACCAACCGCCUAUGAAAAAGGCAGAUACAAAAGAAGAUAUACCCUCAGUAUAUAUUGAUUCUCUUCAAAAAUACUUGAUUCUACGAAAUAUUCCCGAUGACAAUUCAUGUCUAUUCAACUCCAUAUCAUACGCACUUUCAGGCGCCAAUUCAUAUCAAACAUUUUCACCGCCAUCUGAUCUUAGACAAGUUGUCGUUAGCUACAUUGAAAAAGACCCUGUACUUUACUCGGAAGCGGUACUCGGUCGACCUAGACAAGAGUAUUGCGAAUGGAUCUUGAAAAAAGAUAGUUGGGGUGGUGCGAUUGAAUUGGGGAUACUUGCAGACUGGUUUGAUGUGCGGAUAACCUGUAUUGAUAUCGAACUGGGAAAUUUUAUACAAAUAGAAAAUGAAAGCAAGAAACCUAAGGAGUUCAUUGUGUUGAUAUAUAGUGGUAUUCAUUACGAUGUUUUUGCAAUGAAUGCAAACUUGAAUACAACUGAUAAAGAGCUGGAUCAAUGCAAAUGGAGAAUAGGUGGACGUCGAAAUGGGAGUGGUGAAGAAGAGGAAAAGGACGAAAAUGGUCACAUAGGAGAAGAACCCACAAAAUAUGAAGAAAGUAAAGCAAAGAAAGCGGGAGAUGAUCUAGACGAACGAGGUGAACGAGAUGAAGAGACAGCCAUAUUGAAAGCCAGUGAAAAACUUUGUAAAUUGUUACAGGAAAGAGACUACAGUACAAACACAACCACAUUUAGAGUGCGAUGUUUGGAUUGUUACCUGGUUUUGGUUGGUGAGGUUGGUGCUUCUAAGCAUGCAGAACAGACUGGCCACUUAAACUUUGGCGAGGUGAAAAAGACUGGAAAAUGA